UGAACGCCGGACUGGACUGGACCGGACCGGACUAAACCAAACCAAACCUAUUUUCCUUUUAAAUGCGACCAAUCGGUUGAGGGGUUUGCGGCCUGGCCGGCAGUGGGUCUGGUGUAGCCCAACUGAAGGAGCAGCCGAGCGGCCCCGGGAGGCGGGUGUCCCGCCCGCUCCGGCUUCAUUCCUCAAGUCACCGCCUGUCGGGUGGCUUCUGACCCGGGGCCCUCCCUCAGGCGCUGGGGGCAUGGUGUCUGCUCUUUCCACACCAGUGUUAGAUGCUGCAUGAUGCGGAGGACGGGCCGACUUGUGAGAUGACAGCCAGUACCCGACGUUUCAUCAGAUAGAUAUCUAAUAUGUCAAGACCUACAAGUGUGUCUCCACGACCUGGCAGUGCCCAGUCAAGCCAAACUGCCUCCAAAGCAAAAGGAUUUAAAGAUAUUCGGAUUGAUGAAGAAGUGAAAAUUGCAGUAAAUAUUGCACUAGAGAGAUUCCGUUACAGCGAUCAAAAAGAAAUGGAAUUUCCAUCCUCCUUGACGAGUACGGAAAGAGCAUUUAUUCAUCGUCUUGCCCAGUCCCUAGGCCUGAUUUCUAAAAGCAAAGGAAAAGGGGCACAUAGAUUUCUUACAAUAAAGAAAAAAGAUGGUUCGGAGAUGGCUCAGGCUGUCAUGACCUGCACGCUGACUCACAGCAUGAAACAUGCCAUACGCAAUCUAAUUCAGAGGUUUCCUGUGACUAAUAAAGAACGUACAGAUCUUUUACCCAGAACUGAACGUGGGAAUGUAUUAACUGUUGAAGCAGAAAACAACCGAGAAAUGAAUAAGACCAGUGGUAGACUCAACAAUGGCAUUCCUCAAGUUCCACCGAAACGCGGAGAUUCUGAAUUAGAUGCCUUUAGGCAGUCUUUGCCCGUUUUUGAAAAGCGAGAUGAAAUAGUGAAAAUUAUAAAAGAGAACAGAGUGAUUUUAAUAGUUGGAGAAACAGGAUCUGGAAAGACUACUCAGAUCCCCCAGUUCCUUCUGGAUGAUUGCUCCAGGAAUGGAAUCCCUUGCCGAAUAUUCUGUACUCAGCCCAGGCGACUUGCAGCUAUUGCGGUGGCAGAAAGAGUUGCUGCAGAGAGGGGUGAGAAGAUUGGGCAGACAAUUGGCUACCAAAUUAGACUGGAAAGCAGAGUGUCCCCAAAGACACUGUUGACAUUUUGUACUAAUGGAGUUCUUCUUCGAACACUAAUGGCUGGAGAUGGCACCUUGGCAGCUGUCACUCACAUAAUAGUAGACGAAGUGCAUGAGCGAGAUCGGUUUAGUGAUUUCUUAUUAACUAAACUGAGGGAUCUGAUGCAAAAACAUCCAGCUCUAAGACUCGUUCUUUCUAGUGCAGCUCUGGAUGUUAAUCUCUUUGUCAGAUAUUUUACUGGCUGUCCUGUAAUUUACAUUCAAGGAAGACCAUUUGAAGUAAAGGAACUGUUUUUAGAGGACAUCUUGCGUACCACUGGCUACACAAAUAAAGAAAUGUUGAAAUAUAAAAAGGAGAAACAGCGAGAAGAAAAGCAACAAACAAACUUGAGCGAAUGGUAUAAAGCUAAGGAGACCAGCUGUACCAGCAGAUCAGAGUAUCAAAGACAAAGAUUUAUCCCAAGUCUGACAGCAGAAAAUGAUUUACUUGAUGAUGGUGGAGACAGUGUAUUUAGUCAGUUGAAUGAAAAAGAUUUUAAUUCUCUUGAGCCUUGGCUUAUAAAGGAAAUGGAUGCCUGUCUCUCAGAUAUUUGGCUGCACAAAGAUGUUGAUGCUUUUGCUCAACUGUUUCAUCUUAUUUUAAGUGAGAACGUUAGCGUUGACUACAGGCAUAGUGAAACCAGUGCUACUCCAUUAAUGAUAGCUGCAGGCCGGGGCUUUCUAAGUCAAGUGGAACAGCUACUCAGCAUGGGAGCAAAUGUAAAUGUUAAGGCUUCAAAUGGCUGGUUGGCUUUGGACUGGGCUAAACGAUUUGGUCAAACUGAGAUUAUAGAUCUUCUGGAAUCUUUCAAUUCUUCAGUAGAAUUGGGGAAUUUGGAUGAGUGUGUCCUGGUGCAAUCCGAUUGUGGAGAUCUAAGUCAAGAAGAUAAAGAAAUUCUAAAUGUCUACCACCACAGCUUUGAUGAUGAAAAAGUUGACCUGGAUCUAAUUAUGCACCUUCUUUACAACAUCUUUCAAAGUUCUGAUGAUGGUGCCGUUUUGAUCUUUUUACCAGGAUAUGAUGAAAUUGUAGGACUCAGAGAUCGCAUUCUUUACGAUGAUAAAAGAUUUGCAGAUAAUUCUCACAAAUUACAGGUUUUCAUGCUUCAUUCCAACAUGCAGACAUCUGACCAAAAGAAAGUGUUAAAGAGCCUACCUAAUGGAGUUCGCAAAAUAAUUCUUUCCACAAAUAUUGCAGAGACAAGCAUUACUGUCAAUGAUGUGGUAUUUGUCAUUGAUUCUGGGAAAGUAAAAGAGAAAUCAUUUGAUGCACUAAAUUCCGUCACAAUGUUAAAAAUGGUGUGGAUUUCCAAGGCGAGUGCUGUCCAGAGGAAGGGAAGGGCAGGUCGCUGCCAGCCAGGAAUUUGUUUUCACCUAUUUAGUAGACUACGGUUUCAAAAUCUUCUAGAAUUUCAGAUUCCCGAGUUGCUACGGAUGCCACUGCAGGAACUUUGUUUACAUACCAAACUGCUAGCUCCAAUCAAUUGUCCUAUUGCCGACUUCCUUGCUAAAGCACCGGAACCCCCACCGUCACUUAUUGUUAGAAAUGCAGUUCAGAUGCUCAAGACUAUAGAUGCCAUGGACAGCUGGGAAGAUCUAACAGAGCUCGGUUACCACUUAGCAGAUCUUCCUGUGGAACCCCAUCUGGGAAAGAUGGUUCUUUGUGCUGUAGUAUUAAAGUGUCUUGAUCCGAUUCUCACUAUUGCCUGUACUUUGGCCUAUCGAGAUCCAUUUGUCCUACCAAUGCAACCUUCACAGAAGCGUGCUUCCAUGUUGUGCAGAAAGCGUUUUGCUGCAGGAACAUUCAGUGAUCAUAUGGCUCUUUUAAGAGCUUUCCAGGCUUGGCAAAAAGCUCGCAGCGAUGGCUGGGAGAGAGCAUUCUGUGAAAAGAAUUUCCUUUCUCAGGCUACAAUGGAAAUCAUUAUUGGCAUGAGGACACAAUUAUUAGGACAGCUCAGAGCUUCAGGUUUUGUAAGGGCACGAGGAGGAGGUGACAUUCGAGAUGUGAACACAAACUCUGAGAAUUGGGCUGUAGUGAAAGCUGCAUUAGUUGCAGGGAUGUACCCAAAUCUCAUCCAUGUAGACCGAGAGAAUUUAAUGUUGACUGGAUCUAAAGAGAAAAAAGUCAGAUUUCAUCCUACCUCAGUUCUUAGCCAACCACAAUAUAAGAAGAUUCCACCAGCAAAUGGACAAGCCGUGGCUGUUCAAGCACUGCCCACUGACUGGCUUAUUUAUGAUGAAAUGAUGAGAGCACACAGAAUUGCUAAUAUACGGUGCUGUUCCGCUGUAACACCAAUCUCUGUGGCCUUAUUUGGUGGUCCAGCUAGACUAUCAAGCAGUGCGUUACAAGAGCCUUCUUCCCCUCGAGGUAACACAUACAUAGAUGGUGUCACCAAUGAUAGCAGUGACAGUGAAAUGGAGGACAAAUCCACUUCCAAGAUGGCAACUUUGAAACUGGAAGAAUGGCUGAAUUUUAGAAUAGAUCCAGAAGCAGCCAGUCUUAUCUUGCAGUUACGACAGAAAUGGCAUAGUCUGUUCCUGAGACGAAUGCGAGCUCCAUCGAAACCUUGGACUCAGGUAGAUGAAGCAACUAUCAGGGCAAUCAUUGGAGUCCUUAGCAGUGAGGAGCAAGCAGCGGGGCUGCAACAACCAUCAGGGAUUGGACAAAGACCAAGGCCAAUGUCUUCAGAAGAGCUUCCAGUCUCCUCAUCUUGGAGAUCAAACAGUAGGAAAAGCUCAGCAGAAACAGAGUUUUCAGAUGAUUCUUCCAGUGUGGAAUUUAGAGAAAGGGUACAGUUGAAGUCACAGCAGCAGCAGCAAAGAUAUAAGGAGAGGGGUUUCCUUCAUCCAAAGAGGAGUUCUGAUGACAGAUCAGAUCAGUCAUCUGUUAAGUCAACAGACAGCAGUAACUAUCCCAGCCCAUGUGCCAGUCCAUCUCCACCACCUUCAGGCAAGGGGUCGAAGUCUCCAUCACCAAGGCCAAACGUGCCAGUUCGUUUCUUCAUUCUGAAAAGCAGCAACCUUCGUAAUCUUGAAAUUUCUCAACAAAAGGGAAUUUGGUCCACUACACCCAGCAAUGAACGAAAAUUAAACCGUGCAUUUUGGGAAAGCAGUAUUGUGUAUCUGGUAUUUUCUGUACAAGGAUCAGGACACUUCCAGGGAUUUGCCAGAAUGAUCUCGGAGAUAGGGAGGGAAAGAAGCCAGGAGUGGGGUUCGGCUGGGUUAGGAGGAGUCUUCCGAGUUGAAUGGAUAAGAAAGGAAAGCCUUCCUUUCCAAUAUGCCCACCAUCUCCUCAACCCAUGGAAUGAUAAUAAGAAAGUCCAAAUCAGCAGAGAUGGACAGGAGCUAGAACCACAGGUUGGAGAACAGUUGCUGCAGCUUUGGGAACGCAUUCCAGUGGGAGGGAAGCUACCACAGGCAGAAAGCAGACUUGGCAUCUUUGGGGAGUCCUAGAUAUUCUCCCAUUCUCUGCAGUUCAUUUUGCAGCAACUCUGGAAACUGUAUUUUCUGACAAAUUUUACUUUUCACCACUGAAGAUGCACAGGAGCACAAAAUCUGAUUACUCCCAAUAGAACUUGGAAAAUAUAGUGACGUUCAGUAGAACAAAAGUUAUGCUUUAAAAACUGAAAAAGGAUUGGUGAGGUAGGAGAAGGAGAUGGGAAGAAAAUGUUGUGUUUAAUGUUUGUCUGAUCUAUUAAAAAAUAAGAAAAGCACUUGCAUCUUGUUCCACUGUGUUCUGUGGCUUUCUAAACUGUGAGGAAAUAAUUUCCAUAGCAUUAUAUUUAAGAGUAUGUGAAAGAGACUAUAUACUUUUUUCUAAGACUGCUUUAGCAAAUAUAUGUAGAUCCUUUCCUGUACCUAAGUGUAGCUGGCUCAAAUUGGUCUUAACACUUACUUUUGAAUGUAACUUGGUAAGACCUGAAGGCUGAGAAUUGGUCUUACUUUAGUCAAGUUUCUGGCUUCAUGUUUAAGUGGCAGUUCAAUAUAUUUGAAAAAAUAUACCUGUCAAAUCAUACCUCAACUAUACUAUUCAAAUUAAAGCUUUUGUCAAGUUUAAAUUGUCUGUAAUGUUGCAUCUUGCCGUAUUGCAAUACGAUCUCCAUCUUUCCAUUGCAGGUUAACUUUACUGCAACUGAAUUUUCCUAUAUAACUGGUAUCAGAGAGAAUAUAUUUACUAAAAUAUAUUACUUUAUCUGAUAAAACAUGAUGCACAGAGAUUGUAACACUUGGGGAGGGAUUCUUCCUGUAGUAAAAUAUUGAAAGUUAUAUUACUAACAAUAUAAUUUCAAAAUAUUGUGCCAAGAUUUAAAACAUUUAUUUUACUGCUUUACCAUGAGCCAAGGCUCCAGUAAAAAGUGGAUGAGAAGUUUUAUUAUUGCUCAGAUGUAGAAGCAGAUUGUUAGUUAAGAUGGUGGCCAAAUUGAAAACCAUUAAAUACAACGUUACGCAUUGAAAUUAUAAGUUGUGUGCAGAAUGUAGCUUGCUCUUCAUGUAUUGAUUGCCUCAAAAGCUUUGGUAAACUUAAAGAAACUGUAAAAAUUGUAGUGUUAAUCUAUUAUGUUGUCUGAUGUUUAUCGUUGACCAUAACAUAAUCUAGUUUCAGUUGUUGGCCUCAUUUUAAACCAUGUUCACAAAUACAUCUGGUAAACUGUGAACUAUUCAACACUUUGAGGCAGGAAAUCAAAAUUUAAAUACAAACUAGUAAUCUAUUUAUUAAGUUGCAUAUAAUACAGUCUAUUUUUUGAUGGGAAAUGAAUGUGAUGAUUUUUCAUAAAACAUUAAUGUGAGCAUUUCUGUGACAAGUGGAUGCAAGUCAUAUCUUUUAAAAUGUUCAUCAUAAUAUACUAGUUUUAUGAUCUUGAGUCAUUCUAUUAUAAUCAUUAGAAGUGCCCAACUUUUAAAACAAAACAAUGCCCUUUCGCAGAACUAAAGUCAACACGACCUUGACUCGAACAGUCAAGGGAACUUUUCUGAUUUGGUGUACUAUUCAGUAGUACAUCAUUUGUAUAAUCACAAUUUGGGAUGAAAAUCAAGGGAACAGUCAAGGGAACUUUUCUGAUUUGGUGUACUAUUCAGUAGUACAUCAUUUGUAUAAUCACAAUUUGGGAUGAAAAUGCCACAUUUGACUCUUCAUACUAGAACUCUAAUUGAAGCAAUGCAGAAGGCAGUCUGUUCAUGAACUGAUUUAUUGAAAUAUUUCACCACUGCUUGUAGAAUGUAAUUUGGCAUGAAGAAAUGUAAAAGUAAAUUCUUCAUUAGUUGCUGUUGUAUGGAAAUGCAUUCAUCCACAUGGGGAAGAAAUAAAAAUCUUAACAUGGAUCUAUUCUCGCUGUUCUCAGACACCUCAACUGGUUAGAUUUUCAGCUUAGCCAGAAACCCAAGAAGCAUUGUAGGGAGACAUUGUAUAGAAUUAAAAUUUAGGAGAUGAAUGUCUUAAAUGCAGAAAGAAACAGUUUAGCUUAUUCAAAUAGGAAACUGUCAUCUCUUGUGAUAGCUGAUGAGAGUGAUGCUGAGAUCAAGCAGUUUUAAUCUAAUGGACUGAACAUAGAUGUAGCUACAUGAUUAAGUUUUGGGUGGUAUGGGAAAUAGAAAUGUUUAUUGCAGCAUGAAGCACACUUAAACUUAGUCAGGCAUCACCCUUGAUGUAACAGUUGUGUUAAAUGAGAAUAUGCAAGGUUGUUGCAUUGUCCAGAAAAAUUGCUCUUCCAUUUAGUCAGCUGUCAGCCUUGUAUGUGUGACAGUCACAAAGUAGUUUUUGUAUAAACGCAGAAAAACUUCUUGCAAUCAUCAAAUGAUGAUUUAUAAAAAAAAACUUUAAAGUUCCCAUUAGUCAUCGAAUGUGCUGACUGAAACAUUUUAGGCAACUUGUGCUCAAAAACUUAGUUGUGUAGGUAUGCAUUAUAACUUCAAUUGAUUGGCAUCUUGUGAUGGGAGAUGUGGAAAAUAAGUGGAGACAUUGUUCCAAUUUAAAAAAUUGUACAUAUUGCUGCAAUGUGCAGUUAUGUUUUUAUUUCUGAAGUUUGACAAUGGAUUUUUUUAAAUGAAGGAAUAUAAUUCAAAUAAACUAAUUUGUUUCUA